AUGUUUGGUCCACAGACAGGCAGAGAAGUCUACAGUUAGAGAGCAGAUGAACCUGACAGUGAAGUCCAAACUCCCUGCUGCCUCCCCCCUCUCCCCCCUCUCCUUCCCCCACUGCCUGCAGGCCCCCACUCAGAGGCUGGAGCAGUACUGCGAGGCCCUGGAGGAGCUGGGAGGGAUCAACGCCGCCUCCGACUCCGCCCUCCCUAUCCUGAGACACGCCCAGCGGCACGGCGAGGACCUCAGGGCCAGUGACCUCAUCGUCGGAUGUCCGAUCCCUGUGGCGGAGCGCGGCGAGCUGGUGCGGCAGGGCGAGCUGAUGGUGUGCGGCGGAGGUCGGAGGAAGCGGGCGGGCGUGAGGAACGUUUUCCUCUACCAGCACGUCGUCAUAUUCACCAAGCAGAAGAGCCCUGGACCAGGACGCACGGCCUACAGCUACAAACACAGCAUCAAGACGGGCGAGAUGGGUCUGACUCAGCGAGUGGGUGACGACGGGCUGAAGUUUGAAGUUUGGGUUCGUCAGGCUCCUCGGACCAAAGACUGCGUCACGCUGCAGGCGCAGGACAGGGAGGGCAGGGAGGCCUGGACCCACGACAUCGCUCAUCUGCUGUGGACACACGCCAUCAGCAACACAGAGCUGUGCCUGAAGGAGUCCCUGUGCAUGGGUAUCUCCAGCAAACUGCUGCUGGACGCGUCAGGAACUCCCGUCUCAGAGCUGGACUCCAUCUACAGCCUCAACGACAGAGUCCACAGUAGCUGCUCCGACUCCUCCUCCGUCGGCAGUCAGAAGGAGGGGGGAUCCCCGGCGUCUGGGAGGGACCCCAGGAGGAGCUCUGGCUCAACAAGUUACUCACAGAGUCAGUCUCCCUCCACAGCUGUGUAACCGCCAUCGCAAGAAGACAACUGGACCCUGGACUUUCUGACAACCUGAACAUCUCUCCCCCACCUGUGGGCGAGCCGACCUGGACUUCAGGGAGCAGGAACACAGACGAGCGCGACCGUCGGACUGUGUUUGAACUUCUCCCACAUGCUCGCUCUUCGUCCCCUUCACCCCUCGAAACAAAUAAAAAGCCAGCAGAUUAGCUCGAGCAGCACUGCACUGCUUGCUCCCCCGUUUUUAACCCUCCCACCUCCGAUAUGAAAGAAAACCAACAGAAAGCUGAACCCCCCCCCACACACACACACACACAAAAAAGAGAAGGAUCAAAACUGCCCCUGUUUAGAGCAUGACGAGCACCAGCAGGGCUCUCUGCACUCCGCCAUUUUGGAUCUGCCAGUCUCAGUUUCUGGCAGAGUCAUUGACACCAAAGGCACUUCAGCCACACAGUGCUGCCAUUGUCUGUCCCGCGGCUUCCCACUAGGCCAAACCACUUGGUCUGAACCACUGACUGCCCGGCUGGCUCACUGAACGCAUCACAUGCUCCAGCCUCUGAUAAUAAACAGGAAGUAAUGUGCGGGCCGUAAAUCCAGCGUACGAUUGCAGAUUUAGAAUGUAUUAUGUACUUUGUCAUUUUUUUUACAACGCUGAAUGGACGACUCUUCACUUUUUUUCUCUCCUGCCUGAGUGGAAAAGAAGAAAAAAAAAUGCGAAGCAUGGGCUAGGUGUGAUUGCAUCUAUGUAAAUGAGGCAGGGGUGGCGUGAGCGUGCGCGUACACACACACCAAUAGAGACGCACAGUGUCUCUCAACACAUGCAGUCAUUCUUAUUGUUGUCGGACAGUGGAGCACUGUUCACAUGCUCACACAUACUCACUGUGGCCAUUUUAGAGCCUGGUACAAAAUCAACGACAGGCAAGGUUACAUCUGAGCACGGAUUCUACGCUCUGCCUCGAUGAAGGACGUCUAUCACAUCCCACUGUUCUACAUUCUGUGCACGUGUCUGUUUAACGGUUUUCUUUUAAUAACAAGGAUCAACAGGCAAAUUUGUAUUUAGUCUUCUUUAAAGUGUAACUUGAACAUGUCUGACGUGUACCGAUAAUUACUUUAACAUCCAAUAUACGAUGCCAUAUUCUAUACGCCAAAGGUAAAACAUGGGUGUCUGUGAAAUGUUGAUUUGUGUACACAGAGGAUGGCAUCACUCUCAGAUCGGAGGUGGAUCUGGUUUUACUGGUUCCAUCCUUGCCACAAGAAAACACGAACAGAUUGUUCUUUAAAACAAGUAAUUCAAUCGAUCUGACCUCUCAAAGAGACUAUUUCUUUUAAUGACGUUGGGUUAGCGUAACUUAGCACUAAGACUGAAAGCAGAGGGAAACGGUUACUUAUCUUACUAAAUGUUCCAAAAUAACACGCAAUCAUUUCAUGCUAUGAUUAGCUCGGCCAAAGGUUUACGCAGUUAUCUCGGUCUUUGCUAAAACACGAUAAAAACACCUUUUCAGUUGCUAGCUGGUUCACUUGUUGUGCAAAGCUAUGCUAACUCUUGGCUGUAGCUUUGGACAGAGCUGGCUUCCUUGUUACCUUUUAGCUUUAGCUUGAUAUUGUUGAGACUAGAAAGUGAAAUCAAUCUUUUUAUUCUCGUAAACUAAUGAGCACAUUUUCCAAAAUUAUUGAACCAUUUCCUUUUGGUUAUCUUGUCUUAAAAUUAAUGGAAGAAAAAGAUAAAAAAUAAUGUCCACUUCAGACUUCAACUCUGAGUGGGUCCAUUUACAGAAAUACAUGUUCUACUUAAAAUUCCAAUUGACGCACCAGCUCUGAAUACGAACAAAACAAUCAACAAGAUAUCUGAAAACCGCUUCAACAUUUCAUACAACGAUGUAGCUCAAGUUUUAUGACGGCAAGGAUGUGGUCAGUAAAAACCAGUCGACACCCACUCGCCGGUUUAUUGUGCAUGUGUAUCUAACAAUAUCACGCUUAAGGUACAACGUGAAACCAUCAGGUGGCGGACGUCGGCAGCAGCGGGAGGUCACGCUCGUGUCUGCAGCCGUUUGUCACCCUUAUCAGAUUUAGCACGUUUCAUAUCUGCAUCCAAAUUCAGAAAUUGCAAAUGGCUAUCGAGCCGUUUCUGAAUCAAUAUGUAAUUUGUUGGCUCGGAGAAACCAAGUAUACUUCAUAGCCUUUAGCUGUUUGGUACAUUGCGUUAUAUCGGAGGCAGUGUAAUGAACACCAUCUUUCAUUCUUACUGCAGUAUAGAUUGUCAUAUGCAGAAUCCCUCACUUUUAUAUGCCACAGCAAGGCAGUAUUAUUGUAAAGAAACUUCUCUCUUUCUCUACGACACCCUCGGCCUGAUGUUUACAUUUUUUUGAAGGAAUGUUUGAAAUGCAUGUUAUGCUUAUACUUGAUAAUUGUACUGUUUUUUUUUGUGUUGAAUUAAAACUGGAUGGAAAACGUC